UAAAUAAUUCUGAUUCUAUUGCACUUUUUCAAUUUACUAAUUCUGUGGCUAAGUUAUCAAAACAAAGAAAAUUAAAUGGUACUGUUUUAAGACAUACUUCUAAUCAACUUGUUUAUAAUAUUCAACAAAAAGCUCAAAAUGAUAUAUAUGAAGUUACUCUUACUUUAGAUAGAUAA